AUGAGCUCCCAGCAAUUCCCCCGACACGGUCUGCCUGCCUCCAGCGGGGGAACACCUCAGAUCCCUGCAGCUGGAAACCUGGUGUCUGUCCCUCAGCCCCCCGCUGCUUCAGCCAGUGCAGAUCCGGAGAGUACUCGGGAUGCUGACGGUCAGCCGGAGCAUCCUCCUCCUCCUCCGCCUCCACCUCCUGGUGGUGGUGGUGGAGGUGGAGGGACCAUGGCCUUCAGAGAUGACAAGCAGGAGACCAUGGUGGUCAGGCCGUACCCACAGGUGCAGACACACGGGCAGCCACCGGCCACCCCUCAAACUGUGCCAAUCCAGCCAGGGACACCUGUGACUGUACCCGCUCCGUCAGUCCACCUCCCACCAGGCCAGCCCACAGUCCUCCCUGAGGGACAGAUGAAGGCGGUCCUAAAGUCAUCGAUGCCGAGUCGACAUAUUGCUCCAGCACCAGCCUCCAACCAGGCUCACCUCCCCACCCCACCCAAGGUGCCUAGUCACAUCACUGUCACCAUAGAGAGCAGUAUUGCCCCAACACCAUCUAUCCCUGUGGCAACCAUCAGUGGUCAGCAGGGUCAUUCUAGCAACUUGCACCACCUGCUGCCAGCGAACAUUCAUAUCAUUCGGGGCAGCGCCCCUGCACUGCAGAUUGGGACCCCUGCAGUCCCUCCCCAGACCUUCACGUCUCAUUUACCGCGAGGUGCUGCCGCAGCAGCUGUCAUGUCCAGCACGAAGUCUGUCCUGCGGCCAGCCACAGGGGCAAGUGCAGGCCCGGGGCAGCCCACGGUGCAGCACAUCAUCCACCAGACCCUCCAGUCUCGUCCUGCACUGACAACCUCCACAACCGUGCUGCCGACGGUGGUGGCUCCCAUCUCGGCAACAAGAACCCAGUCCCCGGUCAUCAGUCCCACUGUCACACACUCUGCAGAGGUGGCUCAUGGACGUCCUGGGUUGACCAUUCAUCCUUCCGCCACUGUCAGCAUCCAGAGACCUCAGGCGUCUCGUGACACUGGCACCCGGAUCACUCUGCCGUCAAACCCUGCCAUUGGAGCUGGAAAGCCUCAGCCUUCACACACCAUGGCACAGAAGCCAAUUUUCAGCCCUGUGACACCAGUAGCUGCUGCAACUGUGGCACCAAUCGUUGCUACCAACACUGUGCCGUCUACAACCACAAUAGGCACCGUGCCGCAUACGCAAAUGACCAGCAGCACAAUUGUCACGAUGACGAUGGCGUCCCACUCGUCACAUGCUACAGCAGUAACAACCUCGGCCAUCCCUGUUGCUAAAGUCGUCCCGCAGCCCAUCGCCCAUUCUUCGUCCCGUGUGCAGUCCGAGUACCCAGGAGAGAGAGCCAAUCUCAUCCCCAUCCCGGCCCACAGGUCCUCCCCUAACCCCGUCACCAUGGAGGCCAGAAGUGACAACAGGUCUUCUGUGCCAGUACAGUUCCAGUAUUUCCUCCCGGCUUACUCCUCUUCAUACCCCUUGACCCAUACCUAUACUCCCAUCAGCAGCUCUGUAUCUACUAUCCGCCAGUAUCCUGUGACUCCUCAAGCUCCAAGCUCAGGCUUGCCCACUCAGGCCGGAGUGGGCGUAGCGACAACUGUCCAUCUGAACCACAUGCAGCUGAUGGCGGUGGAUAGAAUUGGACUGCCGUCCGCUCAGAUCAGCACCCAGGGCAUCCAGCCAGCACCCAUCGCUGCACAAGGCAUUCAGCCCGCCCCCAUCGGAGUCCAGGGCCUGCACACAUCUGCGCCGAUCACCACGCAGGGGAUACAGCAGACCCCGAUAGUCACGCAGCAGCAGCAGCCGCAAGCCGAAGCCAAACCUGGAGUUGUUUUGACUGAUGGUUUUGUAGCGAGCCCCAUCAGCAGCACGUUCAGCACGACGCAGCCUGUAGCCACCAUGGUCCAGGCGCACGCCCAGGGCGGCGUGGGAGCCCCCACACUGGUCUCCUCCUCCAGACCCAGCAUCCUCCGCAAGAAGCCUGCCAAUGAAGGAUGUGUUCGUAAGAACCUGAUCCCCGCGCAGCCCAGUGAGCCCAGCAGCGGCAGGAUGGAGAGCGGUGUGAGAGGAGCCGGAUCUCCCCGGCCUGCGAGCGUGAAGCCGAAGGCGGAGGUGCACGUGGCGGUGGCUCCUUCCGUCAUGGCCGCCGUGGAGGCGCUGCCUUCUCAGGGAGGAGAGCAGCAAGGCGUGUCUUCGAACAGCCAGCACCUCGCUCAGGCCAUCCCCUCCCUGCUGGCCACGCCGGGGCCCGUCCCGCCCUCGCAGCCCUCCACCGUCCUGUCCUCGCUGCCGGCGGCCAUGGCCGUCACGCCGCCCGUUCCCGCCUCCAUGGCCAACACCGUGGCCUCCCCGACGCAGCCGGCGGCCAGCAGCACCGCCGCCGGCUCCGCCUGUCCGGAUGUGAAAAUUAAGCAGGAGGCCGAGUCCAUGGACACCUCUCAGCCAGACCCCAACGCCAGCCUGUCGGCGGCGCCGACACUCGCCGCCCAGACCGCGCUGGCGGCCCCCGCCCCGGGAGAUCUCAUCCCGGGAGCGUCUCCCAGGAAGAAGCCCCGCAAGCAGCAGCACGUCAUUUCCACCGAGGAGUCGGAGAUGGUGGAGACCAACAGCACGGACGAGGAGAAGGCGCCCGGCAGGCCCAUCACUGGCAGGGCGGAGCGCCGCGACUCUCCGCCCAGGGAGUAUGUCGAUGAGGAAGGCGUGCGCUACGUGCCGGUCAGGCCCCGCCCUCCGGUUACUCUGCUGCGACACUACCGGAACCCCUGGAAGGCUGCGUACCACCACUUCCAGAGAUACAGUGACAUUCGGGUCAAAGAGGAGAAGAAGGGCACCCUGCAGGAUAUGGCCAAUCAGAGAGGAGUGGCCUGCAGAGCGCAGGGCUGGAAGAUCCACCUGUGUGCUGCACAGCUCAGACAGCUGUCGUCUUUGGAGCAUGACGUUUACAGCCGCCUCUCCACCCUCCAAGAGGGCCUGAUCCCCAAGAAGAGGGCCGGCGCCGACGACGACCUUCACCGCAUCAACGAGCUCAUUCAGGGUAACAUGCAGCGCUGCAAGCUGGUGAUGGACCAGGUGACGGAGGCCCGGGACUCCAUGAUGAAGGUGCUGGACCACAAGGAGAAGGUGCUGAAGCUGCUCAACAAGAACGGCGCCAUCAAGAAGUCCUCCAAGCUGAAGCGCAAGGAGCGCGCGUAGAGCGCGGCGCCCGCCGCCUCUGCCCAGUAACCACUUCCCCGUCUCCGCCCGGAGGGGCGAAUAGGAGCUCAGACUUUUGGUGCUACGUUUUUGCUGCAUACAAUCGCACGCGCCCUGCGGCCCGCCGCGAGGGGAGCUGUGGAGACGAGACGGGAGGAACUCCGAGAAGCAGAAAGGCCCAUUAGGAAAAGUUUCCCAUUCAAGACGCGACGCCCGGCGCCGCACGCCGUGUUAUUGUGGCAUACUGGAAGGCCUUUCAUCGUCCUGUUCCCCCCCAUCCUGUUUUGUUUUUUUUUUUUUCUUUUACUUUUUUUGAACCCAAGACCAUUUCUACUAACUUAGUUCCUGCCUCUUCUAUAAAGACAAUUUGAAGCUGUGUAUCUUUAACGUACUCGUGUGAUUUUACCUGAAGACGGCGUCCUGAGUCCGACGCCCACAAGACGUCUGAGUUGAGGCGAAGGACCGGCAGACUGAAACCAACAGCGGAGUGUGUGUAUACGGGCUAGUCUGUUACGCUCUCUUCAUCGGUUUGUGCCUUCAUUUUGUCAGUCAGUGUACAUGAUUCCGACAGGGACCCGGGAGAAGAUUUUGCACAUGUUGGCAAAAUGCACGUACUAUAUAGAAAACCUUAUUUCACAUAUUACCCUCCCAAAAUAACUCCUGAAAUAGGCAAAGUAGAGAGGAUUUAUAAUCAAGCAACGCUAUGACUAAGUAAUAAGUAGUCCUUUAGAUCUGAAAACAAACGACGUGUCAUCUUUAAGUUAAAGACCCACACGAGGGUCCUCAAACGGAUGUCUAGACAAACAUGACUGCAUUUUAAUUCGACUUGGACAGAAGGAGCAGAGCUCAGAAUGAAACCACAGGGAGCAAUCUCUCCUCGUGUGAUCAUAGUGCCGAAUUAUGUUUCAGUGAUUCAUGUAAAUGUGCAUUUGGAUUUCAAGUUUUGUACUGGAGAAGAAGAUUUUGUGCUGUGCGACGCAUCAUGCUGCAGUGUUACCGGCAAUGUGAGCCUGAGGCAACUAGUCACUGUACAUUGUUUUUGUCUGUGUAAUUAUAGUAAAGCAACAUAAA